CCCGCUCCACGGCCUCGGAUUCCGCUUCCCCAGCGCCCGCGCGGCCGCGGCAGUCGCCGCUUUCAGGCCCCGAGUCGCCUUCGGAGUCCAUGGCCGGGACGCGCUGGGUCCUCGGGGCGCUGCUCCGGGGCUGCGGCUGUAACUGCAGCAGCUGCCGGCGCACGGGCGCCGCGUGUCUACCCUUUUACUCGGCGGCCGGCUCCUUCCCCUCGGGCGUGUCGGGCCGGCGCCGCCUGCUGCUGCUGAUUAUUGAAGCUGAGGCGAGGAGGAUGGAAUCCAAAACUACCUAUCUGGAAGACCUUCCACCACUGCCUGAGUACGAAUUGAGCUCAUCUAAGUUAGGGGAGGAAGUGGAUGAUGUUUAUCUCAUUCGAGCUCAAGGAUUGCCUUGGUCAUGCACUGUGGAAGAUGUACUUAACUUUUUCUCAGACUGCAGAAUCCGAAAUAGUGAGAAUGGAAUACAUUUCCUCUUAAACAGAGAUGGGAAGCGAAGGGGAGAUGCCUUAAUUGAAAUGGAGUCAGAGCAGGAUGUGCAGAAAGCCUUAGAAAAGCACCGGAUGUACAUGGGCCAGCGGUAUGUGGAAGUCUAUGAGAUAAAUAAUGAAGAUGUAGAUGCCUUAAUGAAGAGCCUGCAGGUCAAAUCAUCACCUGCAGUAAAUGAUGGCGUGGUUCGCUUGAGAGGACUUCCUUACAGUUGCAAUGAAAAAGACAUUGUAGACUUCUUUGCAGGACUGAAUAUAGUAGACAUUACUUUUGUAAUGGACUAUAGAGGGAGAAGGAAAACAGGGGAAGCCUAUGUACAGUUUGAAGAACCAGAAAUGGCCAGCCAAGCUCUUUUGAAACACAGGGAAGAAAUUGGUAACCGAUACAUAGAGAUAUUUCCAAGCAGAAGGAAUGAAGUUCGAACGCAUGUUGGCUCUCAUAAGGGAAAGAAAAUGGCAUCUUCUCCUACUACUAAGUACAUAACUGAGCCAGAAAUGGUAUUUGAAGAGCAUGAAGUAAAUGAGGAUAUGCGACCCGUGACAGCUUUUGAAAGUGAGAAGGAGAUAGAAUUGCCAAAAGAGAUGUCAGAAAAGCUUCCAGAGGCUGUGGAUUUUGGAACUACGCCUUCAAUGCAUUUUGUCCACAUGAGAGGAUUGCCUUUCCAAGCCAAUGCGCAGGACAUUAUAAAUUUUUUUGCUCCACUGAAGCCUGUAAGAAUCACCAUGGAAUACAGUUCCAGUGGGAAGGCCACUGGCGAAGCGGAUGUGCACUUUGAUACCCAUGAGGAUGCUGUUGCAGCUAUGCUCAAGGAUCGUUCCCAUGUUCAGCAUAGAUAUAUUGAGCUGUUCCUAAAUUCAUGUCCAAAAGGAAAAUAAGACUUCCAUGGACUUCAUAUAAUAAGAGUGAAGCAAGAAGCAUUUCAUUUGCACAUCGUCCUUGGAUAUGGGAUAUUAAGUUCCAGUUUACUGGUAUCAACUACUAGAGAAAGGAUUUUUAGAUUUUGGAUUUAUUGCUUAUAAGAAAAAUUCAUGAUGGAUUGUUUAGAAAGAUAGCUUGAAAUUAUGAGAUAGACCACAAAAUUUCCAUUUAAACUAUCCAGGAUCUGAUUAAGAAAAUAUGGUCUUUAUUUUACAUAAUUAAAGUUUUUUUUCUUGAGUAUUUGCUACCAGUUGUAAAGACUAUAUAUUCAGCACUAUACUUGAAGGUCUUUUUCCUCCCAUUUCAAAAGUUAAUCUGUUCAAAGUUUUUCUUUUUCUUCUUCAAAGUUUUAUGGGUUUUUUUUUGCCUAUGAAUUGAGAGCUCCAAUAUAAAACUUCUCAUGUAUAAUGAUGGUUUAUUAUAAGCAAGACCAACAUAAGAGAAGGUUUCAGAUCUUUAAACAAGUAUGGUUUGGCAAAAUAGUUUUCAUUUUUGCUGUAUUUGAUUGCAUAAAUAGGGGUAAAAAUGUUACAAAAAACCAAAAAACAUGGGUUAUUGAUUGAGUGCUUAUAUAUAGCAACUUGGCAGUUAUGUUAGAGUUUUGUCUUUCUAAGCCUUAUGCUAAAGGCAUUUAACAUUGGUGCCUGUCUACUUAAGGAGGAAGUCUAGUCUCAGAAGUUGUCUGAGUAACCUCCUUUUGGUUUGGGGUGAAUUUUAAGGGUGUUUUAUUAGACUAGGAAUUGUGUAAAGUGAUAUGUCAAGGCAGUACAGCCUGAUAAGAACAUAAAUGGCUUCACUUGAAUUUAAACCAGCUCUAUUAGAUAAGAAAAAAAUCUAAUCUCCUCAUUUGCUUUUCCAGUGGGUAGUACAUCCUAUAUUUUAGAACAAGUAGAGGUGACUUGCUUAAAAAAUAAUACUGUAUACUUAUGUGAAGGGUUAUGGACAAAGCUGUAUUUCUGUCACACUGUGGCAGUGCCUUCUGCUUUAAUAUUAAACAGCUUGUUAUUUAAAUAUUGGACAUAAUGGCUGGCUUCAAAAUGUAGUCAUUAAUAAACUUAACUUCAUGUGCACCUGUGUAGGAGAAUCAAAGUCCUGUAUGCUUUCCUUGCCUUGUUCCUGUUCUCAGGGUGACAGAUGCCACCAGAAGAUGCAAUUCUAGUUCUAAAAUUUGAAUUUUCUGAGAUUUCAGAGAAGUGAUAACCUGGAAGAGAGAUUAUGUCUUCUCUUAAUAUAAAACCAUCUUUGAUUACCAGCUAAAAUAAGAAAUCACUGUACUGUAAGUAGUGAAUAAAUGAAGGCUUGUUUCAGGCUAAAGAUUACAUAAAAGUAUUUAUUAUUGGAA